UGAUAAUUUAUCAAGUGAUCCUUCCCGGUAUCCCCUCUAAUUUUCAGCUUUCGUGCUCAUUCAUUAGUGGAUUUCAGAAGCGAUUUAUCUUUAUCCUCGUCUGAAGCACUAAAGCGAAGCGAACAUGGGAACAAACUUGUCACGGAAGCAGGUGUGAGUCAGGAGGACACCAUGAAAGCUUCAGAGGACUUCAGUACGGACAUGGAAACUCCAGAUCUGCCACUUGAGAUAAUUUCCCAUAUUCUAAGCUUUCUUCAUGCAUCAGACCGAAGAGAAGCUUCUCUGGUCUGCAGAAGCUGGUAUGAAGCAAGCCAAGAUCACCAGUUCCAGAAACAAAUCAUCUUCAAGUUCCCCGCCUCUGUAUUUUCUCUGGGGUUCAUCCGUGGUCUUGCUCGGCGAACCCGAUGUGGUCUGAUCAUCAGUCACCUGGACGCUUCCAGCUUGUCCAGGCAGGUUCUGGUGGAGGUAGGGGUUCAACUUGGCCCUCGGCUGGAGAGCCUGGCUCUGCCUGGCAGCAGCAUCACUGAGUCAUCCCUUCUGGGUUUGUUGCCGCAUCUGACUGGCCUGCGCAAGCUGGACCUAAACGGGCUGGACAGCCUCUUUAUGUCCGGAGCCUUCCUGAGCCGUGAGGAGCACCGCCAGCAGAUACGUGCAGCACUGAAGAACCUGGAAGACCUGGACCUAUCUGACCUCCGUUACCUGUCUGACCUCACCUUCAACCGUCUGACAGGCUGCACGCCAAAGCUUCGCAGGCUGGCUCUGGCUGGCUGCCACAUCGCGUUUGAGUUUGACCCUUAUCGCGGCUGUGCAGUGGGUCCGGGUUCCUCUGCCAUUCUGUCCCUGCGGAACCUCCACCACCUUCUCCAGGAGCAGGCCUCCACUCUGCGCAGCCUGGACUUGAGCCGCACCAGCAUCACCCCGGAGUCACUGCGCUCCCUAGCCCAGGUCCCUUGCCUCCGCCUGGAGGAGCUCAGCCUAAGAGGCUGCAAGGAGCUCACUGACUACUCCAUUGAGCUGCUCUGCAGGCACCAGAGCGGCCUCCACAGCCUGGACCUGAGCGCCUGUACUGAGCUGACCAGCCGCAGCAUGCUUGCCGUGGCCACUGAACUGAAAGGACUCUGUGCCCUCUCGCUUUCUCAGGACUGGAGGAUGACAGAUAAAGGUCUGGCGGAUUUAAUGGCGAUGCCUGGUUUGAGCAGGCUGGACCUGUCAGAGUGUUUGCAUGUGGGAGGGGCUGAGCUGGUGAAGGGGCUAUCCUCUCCACAGCCUCGAGCUCAGCUGGAAUCCCUCAGCCUCAGAAACUGCACCUACAUCAGGGAUGCAGCUGUGUAUUCUCUAGCUCAGCUGCUGGGCAGUAGUUUGCGAGAGCUGGACCUGACCUCAUGCGUCUACCUCACUGACCUGAGCGUCCGUGCCAUUGCCUCCUACCUGCCUGGUUUGCUGGUGCUGAGGCUGGGCUGGUGCAAGGAGAUCACAGACUGGGGGCUACUGGGGAUGGUGGAGCCAACCAACGGUUACGAGCCAAGCAAGGAAAUGGAGGAAAAAGGCCCCAGCUUUACCAGGACAUUUGGGAACAUGGGCUUCUUCCAGCCCCCCAGCAUGCCAUUCCAAGAAAAGCCACGGUUGGUCACAGAUGAAGACCUGGGGACCUUCAGGGAGCAGGAGGGGGCCUCGCUGCUGGCCCUCAAGGGCCUACAGGAGCUUGACCUGUCUGGCUGCUCCAAACUGACCGAUGCCAGUAUAACACAGGUGUUGCGUUUCCCAGUGCUGCAGCGGCUUUCUCUGUCCAUGCUGCCUGAGAUCAGUGAUGAAAGCCUGGUGUCUAUAGCUCAGCAUUGCCGCUGCCUGACCAGCCUGGUACUGAGCCACUGCUCUCAGCUGACUGACGAGGGCAUGGCCCGUGCUCUGCCCCACCUGCACCGGCUACAGCAUCUGCACCUGGCCUGCUGUGACUCAAUCACAGACAGAUCCCUGACCCUCAUAGGCCAGUACUGCAAGAGGCUGAGGACGCUGGACAUCUCCAUGUGCAAAGACAUUACAGUGACAAAGGUGGACUUUGUCCAGUCGCGGCUGCCCUUCCUGGAAAAAAUCCAGUAUCGUUUUGUGGGUGGUGCAGACUUGAUCCUUACACUUUAAUUCCUAUUUCUACACUCUAGUGGAGUGAAAUUACACAUUAUAACAACACUGGGGAGAAUUCAACCCCUGCUUUAAAGCAGAAAUAUUGUGUUAUGCACUUUAUGCAGUUUAUUAAGAAGCAUAUGAUGCUGUGAUUCCGCCCGAAGACUGCUGGGAUAGGCUCCAGCACCCCAGUGACCCUGACGGAGAAGCGUCUUAGAAAAUGGAUUGAUGUAUGGAUGGAUGAUGCUGUGAUGAUUCAUCACACUGACACACAUAUAUUUCAGUCUAUUGACAAGUGCACAAAAGGGUGAUCCCAACCCUUUCAUCUUCGUACACAUUAAAAAAGUGUACAGUAUAGAAUGGGAGUUUAAUCUCAAAUCCAAAUCCAGUUAAUUGAAUAGGUAAUGUAACUACUAGAUCAUGUGACUGAUAGAGUGGAAAUACUGUUGUACUCCAAACUUUGAGGUCUGUGAUUUACAUACCUCUUGUAUAGAACUAAAGGAAAUGUAAGAAUUACAUGGUAACAGUGUAUUUCAAUGAUUUAGUGUUAUUGUUCAUUCGCUGAAAAGCAGUGGUAUGAAAGUAAUAAAGUAAAAGUUAUAUAUGAAAAAGUC